AUGAAUUCCGUCGUGUUCCUUUUCAUGCUCUUGAAGAGCCUCACCCUUUACCCACCGCCUGUGGGGGAUUGGGAUGAGGAAGCUCGGCGGCGCAUGGAACUGCGUGCCCAGCAGCUGGAACACGAGAGGCUUCUGCUGGAGCAGGAAGUGGAGCGGCUCAUCCGGAAGAGUGAAACCCAACAGUACUUGCAGCUCGUGACUGUUGCUGUGCUCCUGGUCCUUGUCUUGCUCCUAUGGUUUCUGGGAUGGGAAAGGAGCCUGCGGAGAGAGAGGAAUGAAGAAGAAAAUGAUGUCAAUGAGGAUGCAGCUGCACGAAACAACCAUGAAGAUUUAGUCCGAGAAAUAGAGGAGGUUUUUGGGGAAAUCAUCGGUGUAGUUUUGACAGAGCGCAUCCAGUGGCCUGUCCAGGACCUGGAGAGAGGCUGUGCGUGGAUAACUGACCUGAUGGACAAGUAUGCCACUUUCUUUGGUCUUGUCUUGUCAAACAGUUUCUACCCAGUCCUGCAACGAGCCAUCGGGGUGGGCAGUGCCUUUGAAGGUUGGAGUCCCCGCGAGCAGGACGUUGUGUACCGCGUGCUCGUCCCCAUGACCCCUCCCCGAGGCCACAGCUUCCACCUGGAGCUGGACACUGCAGGGCACACGCAGGUGAGGAACUUCCGUGUGCGCGUGCAGCUGGAGUGCACCUGCACGAGGGAGCAGCAGGGCGACAACAUGCUGUGCUUCCUGCACCACCCCAAGGAGGAGCUGAGGAAGAAUCAGGAUCCCAGCCUCCUGGACACCCUGUGCACCGGCUCCUACCUGGACGUGCAGAAAACGGCCCGCUGGUUCUACCAACUGGUGAGAGCAAUCUGGCCAGCUUUGCCUCAGUCACACAGUUGGCAUUUAACGCUGCUGCCCUCCAGACGCUCCUGCCAGUUCAAGGUGACCGAUGGAGAAGAGAGCUUCAGGAUUGAGAUGUUGUUUGGGGUAAGGAGAGGCGACUCAGACAUCUUUGUCAGCAGCCAGCCUAGAGAGGCCCAUACCCCAAACACAACCUGGCCUGAGACUUACGAUGUGGCAGAGAUGAAGUUCUUCAAUCACCUUGCCAGGCAGGCCCCCCCCGACAGUUUGCACCUCAGAUGCCUGCAGUUCUUCACCCGCCUCCAGCUGGGCUUCUGCUUUUCCACCUACGCCAUCAAGACCCUCAUCAUGCACCUGCUGGCUGACACACCCGUGGCAUUGUGGUGCAGGAGACAUUUCCUGGAGCGACUGCUGCAGAUCAGAGAUGGCCUGUUUUUAUGUGUCAGAGCAAAACGCCUCAACCACUUCAUUGUGGGCAACGAGAGGCUUCCUCGUGACAUCAGGGUACCCCCAGAUGUUCCAACGGCUACGACACACAAUCUCUUCCAUCGCCUGGCGCAGGACUCGGACGCGUACAGCCAGGCCAUGCUCGAGUACUGGGUUCUGCGGAAGUGGCUCGAAGAAACAAUCAAAAUGAACUUUGAAUGA